AUGGACACCCCCCUGACACGAAACACGUCGUCGGCGUCGCUGUCGUCGCUGGAGUACGAGCAUGAUAUGGACCGGCAUCAGAUGUUCGAUUUUCUCGAUCACCUCUCAUUGACCACACAACUGACGAAGACCAUCCCCACCAAGGCGCGGCAAAAAGCGUCGGAAAUCAAAGAUGCAGCCAUUCGACAACGAAACAAGAUCAAAGGGAACCAGGACAUCGACCGACUGCGUCAACAGAUGAUCAGACAGAUGGAGAAGAUGGAGACCCGGCUGGGAACUGCCACGGCCAUCAACUCGACGGAGAAAUACACCUUCGCCAUUGGCCUGGUCACCAUAUUCUUCAUUGGAUACGUCAUGGGACACGCGCCAGAAUAUCUUCAUGUCAUCUACACGGUGCUGUUCUGUUUUCUGAUGCCCAUCAGAGCGUAUACGUACCGAAAAAAGGAGUACCACUACUUUCUCGCCGAUCUAUGCUACUUCGUUAACUUCCUCACGCUUUUGUACCUGUGGGUCUUCCCCAGCUCGGAGCGAUUAUUUAUUUCAUGCUACUCUCUCACUACAGGAACCCUCUCCUGGGCCGUCAUCACGUGGAGAAACUCUCUGGUUUUGCAUUCCCUAGAUAAAACCACCUCUGCCUUUAUCCACAUCUUUCCACCCGUGCUGUUCCACGUUAUUGUCCACGUUCUGGAUCAGGACUACAAGGCCCACCGAUUUCCGGGGGCUGUAAAGGUUGAGUCGUGGAAGAUGGUCCAGGGUCUGGUAUGGACAUCUAUUGCUUACGCCAUCUGGCAAGCGCUGUAUCACUUCUUCAUCACCAUUCGAAGAAAGGACAAGAUCAGAGCUGGUCGGGUCACUUCCUUUGAGUGGCUGCGGCGAUCCUACAGCAAGACACCUCUCGGUAAGUUCGUCAACGGCCUUCCUGAGCCUUUCCCUGUUGUUGCCUUUACUGCCAUCCAGUUUGGCUACCAGCUGGGAACUAUGCUGUUCUGCCCCAUCUGGUACUCUUAUGGCUACCUUUCUGGCUGCUUCAUGACCUUCAUCCUCUUCACUGCGUCUUACAACGGAGCCACUUACUACAUCGAUGUGUUUGGCAAGCGUUUCCAGAAGGAGCUGCAAUUGCUGCAGGCUGAGGUGGCCCAAUGGCAGGACACCAACCAGAUGAUCAUCAGCCCCAACCUCAUGCCCAACAUGGCCCACCCCGAGAAGAAGAGUGCCCAGAGUGUGUGGCUGAAGGAUAUCGAAGAUGACGGCCAUCCUACAGCCUAUCAGGAGAACAAGGAUGUCAGCGACAUCAAGUUGUGA